AUUCCCUGCCAUCCCCUCCCGCAGACGCCUUUCAGCAGCACCCAGGAGGGCUGGCGCCCAGCAGCCCGGAGCCGGCGGAGCUCCCUGCGGAGAGGGCGGCCGCGCAGUUUGUGCUGGGCUGGGUGUGUCCGCGGCGGGCAGCGCUGGGGGACGGUCCGAGCCAGGCAGAAGGGGCCGGACCCUUGGCCUUCAGCCCCGGGGGGCGGUGCCGGACGCGAGCAGGCGGGGUCCCUCCCAGGCAGGAGCAGAACAGGCGGUGCCGGCCGCGGAGCCAUGGACUGCAGCGGGCCCUUCAGUUGCCCCAUCUGCCUGGAGCUGCUCCGGGAGCCAGUGACGCUGCCCUGCGGCCACAACUUCUGCCUGGCCUGCCUGGGUGCGCUCUGGCCGCACCGCGGCGCGGGCGGCGCCGGAGGGCCCGGGGGCACUGCGCGCUGCCCUCUGUGCCAGGAGCUCUUCCCCGACGGCCUGCAGCUCCGCAAGAACCACACGCUGGCCGAGCUGCUGCAGCUCCGCCAGGGCUCGGGCCCCCGCAAGGCCCCGGCUCCCGGCCCGGCCCCUGAGCCCUCGGCGCCGAGCGCGCCGCCCAACGCCCAGGAGCCGUCGGCUCCCUGUGUCCCCGAGUCGUGGCCGGCAACUGAAGAGCUGGUGCCCUGCGACGCGUGCCCUGAGGGCGCCGCCCUGCCGGCCGCGUUCUCCUGCCUCUCCUGCCUCGCCUCUUUCUGCCCCGCGCACCUGGGCCCACACGAGCGCAGCCCCGCGCUGCGCGGACACCGCCUUGUGCCGCCGCUGCGCCGGCUCGAGGAAAGCCUGUGCGCACGCCACCUGCGGCCGCUCGAGCGCUACUGCCGCGCAGAGCGCGUGUGCCUGUGCGAGGCCUGCGCCGGCCAGGAGCACCGCGGCCACGAGCUAGUGCCGCUGGAGCAGGAGCGCGCUCUCCAGGAGGCUGAGCAGCCCAAAGUCCUGAGCACCGUGGAGGACCGCAUGGAUGAGCUGGGUGCUGGCAUUGCCCAGUCCCGGCGCACCGUGGCACUCAUCAAGAGUGCAGCUGUGGCAGAGCGGGAGAGGGUGAGCCAGCUGUUUGCCGAGGCUGAGGCCACCCUGCAGAGGUUCCAGGCCGAGGUGCUGGGCUUCAUUGAGGAGGGGGAGGCUACCAUGCUGGGCCGCUCCCAGGAUGACCUGCGACGGCAGGAGGAACAGCGCAGCCGGCUGAGCCGAGCCCGCCACAACCUCAGCCAGGUCCCUGAGGCUGACUCGGUCGGCUUCCUGAAGGAGCUCCUGGCACUACGGUUGGCCCUGGAGGAGGGGUGCAGUCCUGGUCCCGGCCCCCCGAGGGAGCUCAGCUUCACCAAGUCGUCUCAGGCCGUCCAGGCAGUAAGAGAGCUGCUGGCCGCUGCCUGCACCAGCCAGUGGGAGCAGCUGCGGGGGCUGGGCAGUGACGAGGACGGCCUGCAGAAGCUGGGGUUGGAAGCUGAGGCUGACUCCCAGGACCCCGACAGCACGGACCACACGGAGAGUGAAGCUUCCCGGGAUUACUUCCUCAAGUUUGCCUACGUCGUGGACUUGGACAGUGACACAGCAGAUAAAUUCCUGCAGCUGUUUGGAACCAAAGGGGUAAAGAGGGUAUUAUGCCCCAUCAACUACCCCGAGUCGCCUACCCGCUUCACCCACUGCGAGCAGGUGUUGGGCGAUGGCGCCCUGGACCGAGGCACCUACUACUGGGAGGUGGAGAUCAUCGACGGCUGGGUCAGCAUGGGGGUCAUGGCCGAAGACUUCUCCCCACAAGAGCCCUACGACCGGGGCCGGCUGGGCCGCAAUGCCCACUCCUGCUGCCUACAGUGGAACGGCCGAAGCUUCUCCAUCUGGUUCCAUGGGCUGGAGGCGCCCCUGCCGCAGCCCUUCUCGCCCACCGUGGGGAUCUGCCUGGAAUACGCCAACCGUGCCCUGGCCUUCUAUGCCGUGCGGGAUGGCAAGAUGAACCUUCUGCGGAGGUUGAAGGCCUCCAGGCCCCGCCGGAGUGGCACCCCAGCCUUGCCCAUCGACCCCUUCCAGAGCCGCCUGGACAGCCACUUUGCAGGGCUCUUCACCCGCAGGCUCAAGCCCGCCUUCUUCCUGGAGAGCGUGGAUGCCCAUCUGCAGAUUGGGCCCCUCAAGAAGUCCUGCAUAUCCGUGCUGAAGAGGAGGUGAUGCAGGGAGCCAGGCAGGGGCCUUCCCAGCGGUCUCAGCUCUGGAAGCUUCCUUCUCUGGGCCCAGUCUCACCCCAGGGAAGGCACCAGCCGUACAGUCACCUCCCCCACAGCUUUAUCUCUAGAGGCCCUCAUCUUGCGUCCACCUGGGGCCUUCCACCUCUCAGGGAGGAGGCUCCCAGGCCCCUUGAGUGCCCUGUUCCCCUCCAGUCCUUGUUUAGGGGAGACAGCCACAGCCGGGACAGGUCUGGGCUAUCCCCACCCC